AAACAGAAUGUUAAUAAUCAUAUUUAAAUUGCAGAGAAAGGUUAUUUUGAUGGUGGUGGCUGUGAUUGUGGUGAUCUCUAUUACGGCAUUAGUCUCGACAUUUGCAUUGCAUAAUCACCAUCACCGGAAGUUAUUCGUCGGAUGUAUCGGGCUUGUUGUCGCUGUAGGGAUGUAUAGUUCUCCAUUGGUAGUUGUGAAGAAAGUGAUACAGACAAAGAGUGUGGAAUUCAUGCCAUUCUACUUGUCCUUAUUCUCAUUUCUCAACAGUUCAUUCUGGGGGCCAUAUGGACUAUUGGGCCAUGACCCUUUCAUUGCGAUUCCAAAUCUCUUGGGUUGUCCCCUUGGUUUUUUCCAACUUGUGCUGUACUGCAUCUAUAGAAAACGGAGAAUUCAGAGAGAACCAAGUGAAACAGAUGUAGAGAAGAAUGGCUGCAAAAUCGAAUUCCAGCAAAAUGUGAUUACUAAGUAA